GCCUGAGCCGAGCGUCUGGCGGCCGCCCGGCUCCCCCUCGCGCGGCGACCGCCCAUGCCCGCGGCGCCCCGGGCCCGCGCCCCUCCCCAGCGCUGCGCUGCGCCGCCGGGUGCCGCGGGGGCGGGGCCGGGGCCGGGGCCCGGGCCGCGGCCGGGCUGGCGAGGCCGGGUCGGGCCGCAGGGCGGCCGCGGGGAUGCGGGGCUGGCGGAGGAACCUCGCGCUCUGCCUGCAGCGGCUGCCGGACGAAGAUGACGGGCCUUAUUCCAAAGGCGGCAAGGACGCAGGAGGCGCCGAUGUGGCCCUGGCGUGCCGCAGACAGAGCAUCCCAGAGGAGUUCCGAGGGGUCACCAUGGUGGAGCUGAUCAAGAGAGAAGGCAGCACCCUGGGCCUGACCAUCUCCGGAGGCACCGAUAAGGAUGGGAAGCCCAGGGUCUCCAACCUGAGGCCCGGGGGGCUCGCAGCAAGGAGUGACCUGCUGAACGUGGGCGACUACAUCCGAUCGGUGAAUGGGAUCCGCCUGACCAGGCUCCGCCACGACGAGAUCAUCACCCUGCUCAAAAACGUGGGCGAGCGCGUGGUGCUGGAGGUGGAGUAUGAGCUGCCCCCGCCCGCCCCAGAAAACAAUCCGAAGAUCAUUUCAAAGACCGUGGACAUCUCCCUCUACAAGGAGGGGAACAGCUUUGGCUUUGUCCUCAGAGGAGGUGCCCACGAAGACGUGCACAAGUCCCGCCCGCUCGUCCUGACCUACGUGCGUCCUGGUGGCCCAGCCGACAGGGAAGGCUCCUUAAAGGUGGGCGACAGGUUGCUCAGCGUCGACGGGAUCCCGCUGCACGGGGCCAGCCAUGCCACCGCCCUGGCCACCUUGCGGCAGUGCAGCCGUGAAGCUCUCUUCCAGGUGGAGUACGAUGUGGCCACCCCAGACACAGUGGCCAAUGCUUUGGGGCCCUUGGUGGUGGAGAUAGCCAAGACGCCAGGGUCGGCACUGGGGAUCUCGCUGACCACCGGCUGCCACCGGAACAAGCCGGUCAUCACCAUCGACCGCAUCAAGCCAGCCAGCGUGGUGGACAGGAGCGGGGCCCUGCACGCCGGAGACCACAUUCUGGCCAUCGACGGGACCAGCACGGAGCACUGCUCGCUGCACGAGGCCACCAAGCUGCUGGCCAGUGUGUCUGAGAAAGUGCGCCUGGAGAUCCUGCCUGUCCCCCAGAGUCAGCGGCCCCUGAAGCCCCCAGAGGCAGUCAAAGUGCACCGCUGGGACCCCUGUGUGUCCUCCUGCCACAGCCCGAGGCCCGGCCACUGCAGGAUGCCCACCUGGGCCACAGCUGGCGGCCAGGACCAGAGCCGAUCCUUGUCCUCCACGCCCUUCUCCUCACCGACCAUGAACCACGCCUUUUCCUGCACCAACCCCAGCACCCUGCCCCGCGGAUCCCAGCCCAUGAGCCCCAGGACCACGACGGGGCGGAGGAGGCAGCGGAGACGGGAACACAGGAGUUCGUUAUCACUGGCUUCCAGCACCGUGGGGCCAGGUGGGCAGAUCGUACACACAGAGACCACGGAGGUCGUACUCUGCGGAGACCCUCUCAAUGGCUUUGGCCUCCAGCUCCAGGGAGGCUUCUUCGCCACCGAGACCCUGUCCUCCCCGCCCUUGGUGCGCUUCAUUGAGCCCGACAGCCCGGCCGAGAGGUGCGGGCUGCUGCAGGUGGGGGACCGUGUCCUGUCCAUCAAUGGCAUGGCCACCGAAGACGGGACCAUGGAGGAGGCCAAUCAGCUUCUGCGGGACGCUGCACUGACCCGCAAGGUGGUGCUGGAGGUGGAGUUCGACGUGGCCGAGUCUGUCAUCCCGAGCAGCGGCACCUUCCACGUGAAGCUGCCCAAGCGGCGAGGCGUGGAGCUGGGCAUCACCAUUAGCUCGGCCAGCAGGAAGCGAGGGGAGCCGCUGAUCAUCUCCGACAUCAAGAAGGGCAGCGUGGCGCACAGGACUGGCACCCUGGAGCCGGGCGACAAGCUGCUGGCCAUCGACAACAUCCGUCUGGACAACUGUCCCAUGGAGGACGCGGUGCAGAUCCUGCGUCAGUGCGAGGACCUGGUCAAGCUGAAGAUCCGGAAGGACGAGGACAAUUCCGACGAGCAGGAGAGCUCGGGCGCGGUCAGCUACACCGUGGAGCUCAAGCGCUACGGCGGCCCCCUGGGCAUCACCAUCUCGGGCACCGAGGAGCCGUUUGACCCCAUCGUCAUCUCGGGCCUCACCAAGCGCGGGCUGGCGGAGAGGACUGGUGCCAUCCACGUGGGGGACCGCAUCCUGGCCAUCAACAGCGUCAGCCUCAAGGGCCGGCGGCUGAGCGAAGCCAUUCACCUCCUGCAGGUGGCCGGCGAGACGGUCACGCUGAAGAUCAAGAAGCAGCUUGACCGCCCCCUCCUCCCGCACAAGUCCGAAAGCCUAAGCGAGGCCAGCGACGCAGAUGAGGACCCUCCAGAUGCCACCAAAGGAGGCCGGCUCGCACCCCGGUUCUCACCCGCUGUGCCCAGUGUGGACAGCGCUGUAGAGUCCUGGGACAGCUCGGCCACGGAGGGUGGCUUUGGGGGCCCAGGGGCCUACACACCGCAGGCCACGGUCCGGGGCGGGACCCCCCAGGAGUGGCAGACCAGCCGGCUGAGGAGCAGCCCCCCACCCAUCAAGCCCCGGAGGACGAGCUACCCGCCUGGCCCUGCUGAUGACAGCUUCCCCGAGGAGGAGGAGGACUGGGAGCCGCCUGCGAGCCCAGGCCCCGGCCCUGCCCGCGAGGAGGGCUUCUGGCGCGUGUUCGGGGAGGCCCUGGAGGACCUGGAGUCGUGCGGCCAGUCGGAGAUGCUGAGGGAGCUGGAGGCCUCCAUCAUGACGGGCGCCGUGCAGAGUGUGGCUCUGGAGGGCAGGCCUGGCCCCCGGCCCUGGCGGAGGGCCCGGGAGGCACGAGCUGCCCCCGAGGAGCUGCAGGAGCUUCUGCUGCCGACGCCCCUGGAGAUGCACAAGGUGACGCUGCACAAGGACCCCGCGCGGAAUGACUUCGGCUUCAGCGUCUCAGAUGGUCUCCUGGAGAAGGGGGUCUACGUGCACACCGUGCGUCCUGAUGGGCCAGCCCAGCGUGGGGGCCUCCGGCCCUUCGACAGGGUCCUUCAGGUCAACCACGUUCGCACGCGGGACUUUGAUUGCUGCCUGGCGGUGCCCCUCCUGGCCGAGGCGGGGGAGGUCCUGGAGCUGGUCAUCAGCCGCAACCCGCUGGCACCGAGCAACCGGACGUCGCGAGCGCCAGGCCCCAGCAGUCCCCAGAUGCUCUGAAGUGGCCCCUGCUGGUCCGUCCGUUAGGUCCGGCGGACUCCGAGGCCGGGAUGGGACCUGGGCUCCGUGGUAACCAGGGCGCCAGGCAGCGAGGUCCCCGACGCAGUUACAGCGACAUCUGGGGCUCUGCCAAGUUGGGUCUCCAAGAUGCGCAGAGGGGUCCUUCCCAGGGUCGGGACAGGCUGCUGAGACGGGAGGAGAGGCCGGGGUCCCGGGUCCCUGCGGGGCCUCCGCGGACAGGUCCCAGGAGCGGGCGAGCCCUGGACUGAGCUGCCCGGGAGCUGAGCAGCAGCCCCAGAGCGGCGGGACGUCCCGGCGCACCGCCACCUGGCUCAGGUGCUUGCCUUUCCCGACGGGAACCAGGUCACCAGAGACCCUGCCACCCGCGAGGACGAGGCUCAGGAUGGGACUCGGGUCGUCCCCUCUGCAGAAUCCCGGCGCCUGCACCUGCUGGCUCGGAUCCUCUGACUUGGGGACCCUGAGCUGGGGCCUCUGGGAUCCCCGGAAGCCCUGACCCUCUCCCUCCUGGGACUGGAGCUGCGUUUGGGGGGCCACGGGUGGGCUCAGCCUCGGGCUCUGGGCCUGCUGCUUUUGUGGGUGGCCUCGGCCCUUCCACACACCGAGGCGACCCAGGCCCCUCUCCGUCUGUGACAUUUGCGGUCAGAAGAGCCAGGAGGGUCUGUUCCCCCGGAAAACCGUGGACAUCGGGGGUGUGAGAUGACAGGGCUCCUUCCGUGUCCCAGUCAGGACAGGAGGAGGGAGGGGCUGGAGAGAGUCCACGCGCCCGUCUAGGGACAUCUGUUCCCACGUGAAACCUGGGAAAGCCAGCGCCCCUUCCCUCGUCUCCCCGCCUCCACCCACCGGAGACCCCGUCCAUCCGGAGAAGGGCUGGGGAUCGGCCUCGCCCCGGGCUGGCCCUUAAGGGGGUGUCCACUCCACCUCUUCACGGCACCCCAGGGCCUCCUGGAGGCCAGAAAGAUCCUUGUUGCUGGGGGACCAUUCGGGGUCGCGUGGGUGGUGGACACUGUUCACCCCGACUGACUGCUGACUGUGUCCCCUCAAAUCAGGUCCCUCUGGACAAUCUCUGAGCAGAUAACAGGCUCAAGGCCAGGACCCCUACCCCUGCCCACUGCCUCCUCCACUUGCCUGUGUCCUGGUCCCUUUUUGUCCCCUCCCGAGGGUCCUUCAUGCCUCUGGCCGGGCUGCCCAGCAUCUCUGCCAUCUUGGAUUCCAGGUCGACACCCGCCCCAGGGUGAGAGGGCACCGCCCACCCAGCAGGGACACCCCACAGAGGCCAAGAGAAGGGGUAGGAGAUGGUACAGCAGAGAGGUGUCUCCAGGCCACUAGCCGCUGCGGCUGUGUGACCUUGGGCAGGUGGCCCACCCUCUCUGGGCCUUUGUGAAGUGAGAGGGCUGAAAUGGGUUCACACUCAGGGCUUCUGGGCUUGGGCUUGUCCCUUGGACUCCAGGACACCCAGCGAUGGAAGGCAUGUCCACUCCGACCAGCGUCCCCCCACCCCCGGGGCUGCGGCCCCCGCCAUUUUCUCAACCAUAUGCAAUGAGGAUGGGCCGGGGGCCCUCCUAGCCAUGGUCGCGGGCCCUCUCAUAUGCAAUAUCGCCUCCGGCUUCUCAUGGGGAUGGCUGGUCCCCAGCGCCACGUUCCGCCCCUCCCGCGACAUCCUGCCUGCCUACGCAUUUCCGGUUCUGCCCCCCCGUGACACGUCCCCACCCCCAAAGCUGUAUUUUUCUCUGGCUGAGAUCAGAACUUUCCUUGUAAAGUAUUUUUCUACACAAGGUUUCUCGGGGCGCUUGCAAACCCAACGUGCCCACGAGCUACUAUGUUGCCAAGGCCAUCUGUGGUCUGUCUGGGGCCCACCUGUGAAUCUCUGUCCCACCUGGGGUUGCCGUAGCGGGUGGGGGGUCCAGUACUGCUGGGGUGAUUUUUAAAAAAAAUAAAAUAAAAGGGUU